AUGACAGAUAACACAUCCCUUUAUUCCAUCACAGCUGUUCUUAUUCUAGACAAUCAACAGAAUAGAAUAUAUACAAAAUACUACAAGUCCCCUCAUGUGGAACCAGUGUCUGAAUUGGUAACGAAUCCAAAAAAGCAAAAGCAAUUUGAAUCAGAUCUAUUCAAGAAGACUUCCAAGCAAAAUUCAGAUAUAAUACUUUUUGAUCAUCAUACUGUUGUAUACAGAGAAUUUUCGGAUUUCAUUAUUUAUACUAUAGGUAACCUUGACCAGAACGAAGUCCUUUUAUACAAUGUUUUGCAAGGCAUUGCCGGAUCUUUAGAAAUAAUUUUAGACUCUCAAAUGGAUAAGAGGUCUUUGCUUGAGUCAUUUGAUAUGGUUGCAAUUGCUAUUGAUGAAACUAUAGAUGAUGGUAUUGUUCUAGAAACUGAUCCUAAUGCAAUUGCCGCUAGAGUAACUAAUCCACCUACCGAAGAUAUCACUAACAUUAAGAUUGACCUUUCAGAAAAAGGCCUUCUCAGUGCUUUUAAUUUUGCCAAAAAGAACAUUUCAGAGCGUUUGCAACAAGGUUUCUAA